GAUGAAGAGUGCGCUCAACUAUUUUUUAUACGUUGCGAUACGGUCCUGAGGACAAAGUGUCGCUUUUCAAUCGCAAAGUUCCGUAUGAAUAUGGUUUUUUUUUGAAGAUAGUUUACCCGUGCACGCUGCCAUUCCUUGCAAUUUUUGAAACCGAACUUUUCGCUUUCCUUACAUCUACACUCCACCUUAUCCACUAUUAUGUUCAAGCGCUCGCCAAUUUUGCACAAGAACGGAAACAAGAACGGCACGCCCCAGAUUACCCGGACUAGCAGUACAACCCAGAAGCUUUCCGACGCGGCGCAGGCCGGGGGCAGCCCGUUUUCGAUGCAGGGGUCUUCUGGAGGAGCUGGAGCAGCUGCCAGCGGCAUGACGACCGACAGCGACCGCGACGAGGAGCAGGCGCUUGCCUCUGGGGAAGAAGGCUCCUCCUCGAGCAGGAGCCGCUUCUUGGCCGCGAGCAGCCCGCUGCCGCGAAAACAGCGGCUCUGGGUGGAAAAGACGACCUGGCGCAGGUGGGAGCACGAGGUCGAGAAUUUUCGGGUUUUCUCCCGCCCGCGGUCGGUGUCGGUACUGUAUCCUGUGCAAAAGUAUCGUACUCGUACUAAUAGCAAAUGUGCAUGACAGAUGUUUUUCCUAAGGGAAAACAGCAAUACAAAUUCCACUUUCCCUCUUGCCAAAAUUUGUGAUGCAAUUUAUACUAGUGCGAUGCUUUUGCAAUGCAUAUGCUGUGCUGCCUGUUGACGGUGCUGUUCAUUUUCGCCUGCUGGAGCGAGGUGGAGGAGUACAGGGAGACAGUAGAGAAGGGUGGGAGAAUGACAGAUCUUGAACGCAGCGCGCGGACCGGUGUACCAGCAGCCGAAGGAGGCGACGAUCCUUCGAAGUACUUCGCCGAAACCGGUAUGAAAACGGAGUUUGUCAACACGGUUUGCGGUGAAGAUCGGGUCGACACAUCAAAGAAAAAGAGGGACGUAGAAGAAGCAACAGCUCCUAGCAUGAUCCUUUGGCCUUGGCAGCGUCAUGAUGAAGCGGCAAGUGCAGGCGGAGAGGACUCCGCGACACCGGAUACAACUACAGAGCGCCGCCUUUCGCCGCCAAUUUCCGCAAAUCAAGUCCCCCGCGACCCUUCUUCGCCCCUUACCGUCGGCAACCCCGCAAAGUUGCUCUGGAAGGGCUGGCUCGCGUCCUCGGUGCUGAUCCUCACCGUGGCCGCGGUGUCCUUCCCGGAUGGGCCCUUCGAGCGGCCACACCCGCUUGUGUGGAGAUUGGUGUUGGGAUUGACCUUGAUCUAUUGGGUGACUCUGAUGUUCAUUCUCUGCGCCGAGUACGACCAGGUCCGGGCCGCUCUAGCGUGGCUCUACCCAGACGAGCUGACACCGGAAAGGUGGAAUCCGCACCCGCUCCCCUGGGUAACCGUCAGCUUCCUGGACUCCCCAGAGUACGCGAGCGAUUGCACGCUGUCUUGGGAAAACAUGCAAUCGAAGUUUGACGUAUCAAAUUGUUUUUUACUCUUGCUAGAAGUACUAGUGAAAAUGAGAUUUUGUUUGCUCAAGUAGUUGAGCUGGUGGUCAACAUCGGUCGUGGUGCAAAAUGAAGGAUACUGGCAGAAAAUUAUACUUGAAGAACUACACAAACCAGGUGUUCGUCACGUGCCACUUUCUCGGGUGGGCGGCCAAGGGUCUCAUGGUGCGAAACUACACCUUGUGCUGGAUCAUGAGUGUCUUUUGGGAGAUCACGGAGCUGUUCUUUGCCUACAUUCUGCCGAACUUUUCCGAGUGCUGGUGGGACAGCUGGGUGGCCGACGUGCUCAUCUGCAACGGCUUGGGAAUUUGGUUCGGCAUCGAACUCUGCCGCUGGCUCGAGGUCCCGCACUACGAGUGGCACAGCGACCACGCCAGCAGCGAGCAAGACGACGAGUUCGUGCUCGAAGCGAUAGACAAAGGAAGCAGGAGUGAGAACAAUGUAGUCUCGGGGCAGACCAAAAGCAAAACUGCCGAAGUGGUUGAACAAGAAGAGGGUCGUCCUCCUCGUGCAGUGACGAUAAAACCACCACAAUUGGCAGGAUCGUCGUCAACACCGCCGCCGAGAAUUGGAACAGGGACGGAAGAUGAAAACAACCCCGGGAUGAACAUGAACAUUUCGCAGGCGCAAGAGCACAAAUCAAGUUCCUCCUCAUCUUCCGCGGCGAUGAAUAUUGCAACUCCCAAUAUUAAGCCAAUCCAAGCUUCGCGCGCCAGCCGCACGAAGAGCCAGCUUCGCGCGAUUAGUAAACGACUGAAGACGAAGGUGAAGCUAUCCUGUUUAAAAACGUCCCCACCCCAGAGUUGUCAUGCAAAUCUGCAUGCUGAAAAUGUUUUUCAUGCGGAGCCCCAUGAGAAGCGUUUCCAGUCGUGUUUUGGAAUUUGUCAUGCUCCAAUCAGCGUGAUAGAGUAGAUCUGUGAUGCUGCUGAGCUAGCUCAAACAGCACUGCGCUACGAGUGCAAAUUUGUCAUGCAAAACAGCCAAAACUCGUGGAGUUGUCUAGCUGAUUCCUCAUCUUGACUAUGGGGUGGGGACGUUUUUACAUAGGAUAGAAGCGGAAAAUCUACCUGAUGCUCUCCGCCAAGGACGGGCGGGAGCUGGAGAAAAUCCAAUGGGAACCGUACUACAGUGAAAAAUGCCCCCACCCCCACAUUUGCAAGAAUUGUGAUGCGAAGUUUUCCAAUGAAAGCUCUUUGUCAUGCAUGAAAGGAGUAUGAAUCUCUCUGAUGCAGAGGCGAGGCGUAUAUCGCAUUGUUUGCAUGAGAAGCGCCGCUCUUGCUGAGAUCUUUUGCAAUACAAAUUUUUGUUAUUCACGAUUCGACAUCUGUGAUGCUGAUAGGCGCAAGAGGGCGAACGUUUCAUUGGGGAAGGUUUGCAAUACAAAUGCUCCCAGAUUCGAGGGCGGGGGCAUUUUUCCAUGCAAUAAACCGCUGGAGACACGGAAGCGAUACGUCGUCUGCAUCCUGAUGGUGUUCGUGAACCAGAUCGUGGAGCUGAACGCCUUCAUUCUCAAAAACAUCUUCGAAAUACCCUCGCCGCACAAGCUGAACAUUUACCGACUGUUGUUCUGGGCACUGCUUUGCCUUCCCGCGUGUCGGCAGGUACUAACGGGACGAGAGGAUAUUUAUAUGAUGGUCUUCCGGUUUACAACUUCAAGAUCAACGGUUUUGCUUUACCUAUUUAGUGGCAGAACUGUUCAAUCGCAAUUUCAAAGCGGAAAUCUCAAUCAGGUCUACCUCUUCGCCAUCGAUGAAACCGUGGGCCGCCUUGGGACCUACGCGUGGUUUGGGCUGGGAACCGCGCUUACCGAAUUGCUGGUGGGGCUCAAGUUCGGUUUUCUCAUGUCCAACCCCGUCGCCCCGUGGCCGGUAUGGACGACGCUGAAGGUGACGGCCGUGUGGCUCGCCUGCUUGUGUGCGUUCACGACAAUCUGGAUGUUUAUCUCGCGGAUGCUGGAACGCUGGUACUUCAACUGGCGAAGAGGAUUGGCGGACAGUAUUUCAUCCGGGGGCAUUGUUGCGGGUAUUGCAUCAUCUGCACGUGAGAAAACAGAGUGAUGCAUGUUGUACAUCGUAAUUAUAAGUUUUUAAUUGGGAUGUAGAAGUUGGUAUAAAUACGUGUAAUUCGGCAAGGGCAUCCUCCUUCCGUGCCACUGACAUCAGUGGUGGUCUUUACUGCGUAUUCCGAGUUGAUGCAUGAGUUCUUGUGUUGCGAAUCGUAAACAUUCUCUCGGCAACAUUCAUUUAAGAAAAAGGCUUAACUUUGCUAAACUUGUUCUUUCCACAAAAGAAUCAUAGACGACCCUCUCUCCUACACCCUUCUUGCACGAUUUCAAUUCGAAUUUUCAUGGCCUGGUACUCUGGUCGGAGAAAAUUUGGGUUCUUCUGUACUAGUUCUCAAGAAUGUACGUCCAACACAGUCUGCAACUUCCACGCGCAUGCAGGCAUCGUAACAAGAGGAAAUUAAUAUCACACAGCUUCUGCACUGUGCUGUGCUGUGCUCGCAGGUGAACAAGCACGCCAUCGCGUUUUCGAUGACGAAAGCGUUUUUGAUUUUCGACUAGAACUAGAUGAAAGCAAAUAUUGCGAGCAAGUUCAAGUAGUAUUGGAG